AUGAAGACCGCUAAGGAUGAAGUGUUGCCGUUUGGUCACUAUCUCUGUCUCGCCUGCGGAGCGGACAUCGGCCUGUCAACGUCCGCCAUCUUUCCGCCCGCUGUUCGCUUCGACGCCGGGAAUCGCGGCUCCAUCUCCUUCGAGCGAAGCAGCGCCGAUGCGAAGCAGCUCGCUAUAGUCACAACCAUGGAGAGCCGUUGGGGGCCGUUCUUUGAGAGCACCAACUCGUUCGGGAUUCACCGCGAGCGCACCGUCAUGCGCUGCCGAGCCUGCCAUGCCAGGCUCGGCACGGUCAUGGACGAUGGUCCGGGCGUGGGUAGGAUGCACUCUGGGUUCGGCCCGAGCCAGUUUUCAGAACGAGUGGGACGGUAUAGGGUUUGGCGCAAGGCAGUGAUGCUUCAAGAAGGGGCGUGUGGGGAGGAGGCGGGGGUGGUGGAGGGAAAGGGUGCAGUGAAGGGUUGA